AUGGACCGCACGGGAAGACGUCGAAGGGUUUACCGGGCGACAAGGGAAGACCGCUUCGAAGCAAUGAUUGCGGCAGAUGUUGGAUCAGCGGAGCCACUAGGCGCAAGUGUUCCAUUUAGCAGCGGAAGGAUUCUGCGCAGGCUUGUUCACGAGAUGGGCGAUUUGGAAGAUUACCUUGCCAGCCACCCUGGCAGGCUUAGGCACACCUAUGGGCUACUUGUCAACAAAAUCAAUUCUACUUGGGGUCUAAUUUGUGCUCGCGCAAAUCAAGAGGGGAACCAGCGAAACACCGAGCGUGCCCGACAACGAACAGGACGUCGCAUUGUACUGGAGCAGAAGGUGCCGAUUCCAGUGCGCCCGAACACCAAACUUGUCGGACGCAUUCUCGGACCCCGGGGGCUCACAGUGAAGCAGAUCGAAGCGCAGACGGACUGCAGCAUAUUGAUUCGUGGCAAAGGUUCCAUUAAAGAUCCAAAUCAGGAGGUAUGGCUUCGAAACCAGCCUGGAUGGGAGCACCUGAAUGAGCCACUGCACGUGCUGAUUACGGCCAGUGAUUACUCAGAAGCACGCUGCGUUACGAAGCUGGCCUAUGGAGUGCACUGUAUCAUGACGCUGCUUAAUGAUGACAACGAAGAACUUAAGCGGCAACAACUUAUCCAGCACGCAGUCAUAAACGGAAUCUAUCGCCCCAUGUGA